AAGUGCUUUAUGGCCUCGACAGCCUCCGGAGUCAAGGAAAACUUGCCCCUUGGAUGUUUCUUGAGGGCGUCAGUUAGCGGUGCUGCAAUGGAUGCAAAGUUUUUUAUGAAUCGUCUGUACCACCCUGCUGUACCUAGGAAGCUUCGUAACUCCUUUACGUUCUUCGGAUCAGGAAUCUUCUGUAUAGCCAAGACUCUUUCUGGAUCCAUUUGCAGCUUUCCACCCCCAAUGAUAAACCCAAGGCAUUGUGCUACCAAACGAAGAUAUCGCAGAUGCGUCUGGAAGUCAGGAGCUACCACCAGAAGAUCGUCCAGAUAGACAAAUACGUUUGAUCGUAGUUGUGUCGGAAUGACUUGGUCCAUCAAUCGACAUAAUCUUUGGGCCGCAUUGCAGAGGCCGAAAGGCAUCAUCACGAAUUGGUAAAGUGGUCGUCCGGCUACUGUGAAAGCGGUAUACUUCCGGCUUUCCGGUUCCAAUUUUAUUUGCCAGAACGCAAAUUUAAGAUCGACGCUAGAUAUAUAAUAUGUCUGGUCGAUCCUAGACAAUAUGCCUUCGAUACUCGGGAGAGGGUAGGCGUCCUUUACGGUGAGCUGGUUAAGUUUCCGCGCGUCUAAGCAGAAUCUGUUU